AUGGACCCCCCCUCCAACCUGUCGUCCCCCUCCAACGGCUCGCUGCCGGGUGGGCUGCCGGAGGCGGCGGGGCUGAGCCUGCUGGGGGCGGCCGGGGCGGCCGGGAACCUGUACACGCUGGCGGUGGCGCGGGCCGGGGCCGUCCCCUCCCCGCUCCACGUCCACGUCGUCCACCUGGCGCUGGCCGACCUGCUGUACCUCGCCGGGGUGCCCUUCGUCGUGCACAAUGGGCUGGCGCGGGACUGGUGCUUCGGCGAGGCCGGCUGCCGGGCCCUGCUCAGCCUGGACCUGCUCACCAUGCACGCCAGCAUCUUCCUGCUCACCCUGCUGAGCACCGAGCGGUGCCGGGCCGUGCGGCGCCCCUUCCGGGCCGCCCGCCGCUCCGGCCGCCGGGCCCUGGCCGCCGCCGCCUGGGCCGCCGCCCUGGCGCUGCCCAUGAUGCUGAUGGUGCGGCAGGAGGAGCGGGCGGCGGGCGACGGGCGGGUGCGGCGGCUCUGCGUGCCCACCUGGCACGAGGCCCAGUACAAAACCUACCUGACCGUGCUCUUCGGCACCAGCAUGGUGGGGCCUGGGCUGGCGCUCGGGUACCUCUACGGGCGGCUGGCGCGGGCCUACUGGCGCUCGCAGACCCGGGGGGUGCUGGGCCCCCGGCGGGGGCCGAAGCAGCGCGUCUUCCUCCUCGUUUUCCUCAUCGUUGUGGCCUUCUGGGCCUGCUUCCUGCCCUUCUGGCUCUGGCAGCUGGUGCCCCUCUACAGCCCGGGCACGGCCGCCCGCCUGCCCGUGGCCACCGAGAUCUACAUCAACCACCUGGUCACCUGCCUGACCUACAGCAACAGCUGCAUCAACCCCUUCCUCUACACGCUGCUGACCCGCAGCUACCGCGACUACCGGCGGGCGCGACGGGCCGGGCGCGGGGCGGCACCGCAGGCACAGGGCGCGGGGCGCUGA